AUGCAUAAAAUCCCCCUGCAACACUUGGAGGAUAUAAAGGAUACAAGUUGGCAUAACGCACCCAAUAAACUACUACCAGGAUGGACACGUGCGUAUUUGUUGAUGCUCUUGGUUUGCGAUUUACUCGAACUUUCUUUGUGUGCAAGUGUGGCAGGAGCCAAAGUUAAACACGAUGGACUUUGUCCUAACAAGCUAAAUUCCAAUCUUUGGGUUGAUGCGCAAAGCACCUGCGAGAGGGAAUGCAACAUAGACGAGGACUGUGCUGACUUUGAGAAAUGCUGCACCAAUGUGUGUGGCCUCAACAGCUGUGUUGCUGCUCGGUUCUCUGAUGGCACUCCUGCUCAGCCAGAUGGGCAGGGUGGAGAGAAGGGAGAUGCCACCCCCGCCACUACAGCUACCUGUGAGGGCUUCAUCUGCAGCCAGCAGGGAGCCACCUGUGACAUCUGGGAUGGACAGCCGGUCUGCAAGUGCCAGGACCGGUGUGAGAAAGAGCCCAACUUCACCUGUGCAUCAGAUGGCCUCACCUAUUUCAACCGCUGCUACAUGGACGCAGAGGCCUGCAUCCGGGGGGUGAGUUUAACCGUGGUCCCCUGCCGCUUCUACCUCACCGGGCCUCACACCAGCCCGUUGCCUCAGGACACCACAGUUCACCCCACCCCGACAUCCUCCCAAGAGGACCCCCUGCCCCCCACGCUGUACUCCAACCCGCACCACCAGUCCAUCUACGUCGGAGGCACAAUCAGCUUCCACUGUGACGUCAUUGGAGUCCCCAGACCUGAUGUGACUUGGGAGAAGCAGAGUGACCGGCGGGAGCGGCUGGUCAUGAGACCAGACCAGAUGUACGGCAACGUAGUCAUCACCAACAUUGGACAGCUUGUCAUUUACAACGCCCAGGUGUGGGACACAGGUAUCUACACCUGUAUUGCACGGAAUUCUGCUGGGGUUCUUCGUGCAGACUAUCCGCUGUCCGUCAUUCGCCGGGCUGAUGAUGAUUUCUCUGAAGAUCCAGAGAUGCCCAUGGGGCGGCCGUUCUCACCGGCAGACUGCCUGGCUGAAGUCGACCUGAGAGUGUGCAGCGCAGAGCGUCACGUUGACUGGUAUUACGACAGCAAGCUGGGCUCCUGCAUGACCUUCAGCAACGGCGGAUGUGAUGACAGCCGCAACCGAUUCGAGACUUACGAGGAGUGCAAAGCCUCCUGCCAGAGAGAGGGGAUGGGGAUCUGCUCCCUGCCUGCUGUCCAGGGCCCCUGCAAAGCUUGGGAGGCUCGUUGGGCCUGGAAUUCUGUAAUGAAACAGUGCCAGGCUUUUGCAUACGGUGGCUGUCAUGGGAAUGCCAACAGCUUCCAUACCAAAAAGGAGUGUGAGGCAAACUGCCCACAGCCCAAAAGGAAACCUUGCAAGACCUGUAGAGUGAAGGGGAAAAUGGUGCCCAGCUUAUGCAGAAGUGACUUUGCUAUUGUUGGCCGGCUGACAGAGCUGGUGGAGGAUCUGGACUCUGGAUUAGCCCGCUUCAGCUUGGAGGAGGUUCUGAGGGACGAAAAGAUGGGCUUGACCUUCUUCAACACUAAACACCUCGAGGUGACUAUCGCCAAGAUAGACUGGAGCUGCCCCUGCCCCAACAUCACCAUGGAGGAAAACCCUCUGCUGGUGAUGGGCACGGUGCAGGACGGCAUGGCCAUCAUUCAGUCUGACAGCUAUGUCAGAGCCAUAACUGAACGCAGACUCAAAAAGCUGCGCGAUGUUAUGACUAAAAAGAACUGCGAGGCAUCAUAA